GCGCUAUGCACACGGCCGACAGAGCUCAUCAGCUUCAGCGUCGCCCAAUGCAGAAGAGUCUCGCUCAUUCUCCAACACUUCACUCCAGCCGCACGUGCAUUGUCCGCCCUAUAUUGAUCACCACUACACACAGCCAACCACGCAAUGCAUCCGUCGCUGAACCUCGAGGCCCUGUGGCCAUCGCCGCCCAGAUGUGCGCUGCCGCCGCGACGCAGUCGCAGCUUGCGCUCCUCUUUGGCUCGCGCAGUGUUCCCACGCGUAAUGGAGUUCAAGGUCAUCUCGCGUGAGAGCGAGAAGCACGAGUUCAUGCCUGUCGUGUACCUCAUCGACCGAUCUCCCGCCUGGCGUCGCCGCGUACCAUCGUUCGUGGAGACGGCAAUCGUGGAGGACUAUAUUACGCCACUCGUAGCCAAGAUCCCAGACCCCGCCAAUGCCGCCGAUAUGACGCGAAUCUUAGCCGAUGUGCGCAAGGAGAUGGAGAAACGCGCCAAUCUAAUUGAUGAGACGCAGUUGGACGGCGUCAGUACCACUGAAAGAGACUACAAGAUGGGAGUGUUUGUGGAUUUUGCCCCCACGCCCAGCAAUCCAGGCAAGGCGCCGCUUAACCGCGUUGUAUUCCAGAUCGCCACCGCUUUACGGGCAGCUUCCUACAGACGCGCACUCGUAGUACCCGUUGCAGUUCACUACUGCUCAGCCGCUACCUUCCUGGACGUGCGACGCUACACAGGUAUCCGCUAUGGCGCUCCAGUGUUGCUUGAGGAGCGUGAAGUGGCGAUCUUUGGAGAGGAUCCGACCGAGUUCACACAGCAUUUCAGUGCUCGCCUGCGCGCAUCAUUGACCAUGCCUCCACCGCCGUCCGUCGCCCAGAUUGAGAUGUUGCGCUUGACACGCACGCUGCACGUCUACUGCGCCAAGGUCGUACACGACGACUGCUUCUCCCGAAGACAGCGCGCUUCCAUGAACGAAGAGAUCAUGCAGAUCCACUUCCGUACAUCCAACCAUCCCGAUAUGCACGAACUGAAACGCAAGAUGAUGAAAUAUUGCGCCACACUGAAGCACUGGAAGCUCCGGGACGAGGAUAUCAACUCGGCCAGCGUGCUGCUAGCCGUCGAGGAUUUGCCAAAGCACCCACUGCAUUUUGUGUGGCUUCUGGCUGCUGCGCUGCGCUUUGCAUUCAAACUACCGGGUCGUCUCUUCUUAGCGAGCGCAUGUGACCUCAUUUAUCGCUUCCCACCGCGUAAAUCUCACAACAGAUCGCUCCCACUUGGUGCAGCAGCAGUUAAAGCAGCAUUGGGCUGUCUUGCACUUGGUGUGUUGGUCCGUGUAGUCCCGUCCAGCUCGCUUGGGUGGCUCUUUGCAGUGUUGGUAGGGCUUGUGCUUAUCGUGGACGCAGCUACAGCCCACACCGCCGCAGCGGAUGUUCAGCAUUUGACUCAACACUGGAAGAAGCUCCAAUUUUACGUCAUGGAUGCCGAUGAAUGGACACGAUUGAAGGAAACUCGCGCCGUGUUGGCACGUAGUAUCCACGACAUUGUGGCUCGCUAUAUGUGCACUGACCUGCCCCCGCCAGUGUUGCAGGAUGCGUCCAAGUCUGCCGCCUCACCGACUUCCGCCCUUCUGGACAACGACGAAUACACGCUGAACGCGCACCACAAAAUAUUUAUUAACGCGCCGCGCUCGUUCCCGCUGUCCUUUGCUGCCAAGUUGAAGGAUUUCGAGACAGCUCGUCGUGUUAUUUACGCGCCUAAGAUGCUGCGCGACGAAACUUGGCGUAACAUUUACGAGACGUUAGCGCCUGGACACCUCCGUUUCCGUGUACUUCUGGCUGAUAAUAAGGGCGAUAAACUCCCUAUGGACGAGCUGCUAGCCACGCCUUUCUUCGGAGCUGUGCUGUCUGCUUAUAUCCUCUACAAGACUCGCCAUUCAGACGGUGACAGCUCGACCUCGAGUUCCAGUGGUGACGAUAAUGGUCACAUGAUGAGCGAGGAGGUACAACAGGAGCAGUCUCGCUAUAGUCAGAGUGAACAGGAUGUGGACGAGAAAGAACUCGGAGGAUAUAGCUCGAUCCAGGAAAUUAUUGAUGCAGCUCUGCAGAUGGCACAAGAUGAAGAGGAAUUGACUGAGUAAGAUGAAUGGAACACUGUACGAAAUACAAACUCGACUGUUGAAAUGUUCAUGUUGAAGUGGUUGAAGUAAUUCACUGCUGUUGGAAUAGUGUGCACAAACAAUCUGUAGAAUGACUACAGCUUUCCUUGAGCUCUGCUAGGCACGGGAAUCGCUGGCUCGUACAAGU